AUGGUUUCCAAAUUCAGCAUUGGUUCAUUUGUAAUUAGCUUGGCAAUAUGGUAUGAUGCUAACUCAGGAGGUGAACGUGAGAUCCAAAGAACUAUGUUGGAACUUCUGAACCAGCUUGAUGGAUUCGAUUCAAGAGGAGACGUCAAGGUCAUCCUUGCAACAAACAGAAUCGACAGUCUUGACCUGGCACUUCUUCGACCUGGACGGAUUGAUAGGAAAGUUGAGUUCCCACUUCCAGAUAUCAAAACAAGAAGACGCAUCUUCCAGAUACACACAUCGAAGAUGACUCUUUCGGAAGAUGUAAACCUGGAAGAGUUUGUGAUGACAAAAGACGAGUUCUCAGGAGCUGAUAUUAAGGCUAUAUGCACGGAAGCUGGUUUGCUUGCCCUCAGGGAGCGUCGUAUGAAGGUGAUGCAUCCGGAUUUCAAGAAAGCCAAGGAGAAGGUUAUGUUCAAGAAGAAAGAAGGCGUCCCUGAAGGCCUUUACAUGUAA